AUGGAUGCACAAAAUUUAAAUAAUAAUUACUUUGAGUUUCAAAAUAAAGAACUCGAACGCAUCAAUGAUACCGUAAACCAACAUGAAGAGAUGAUCAAGAAAAUUUCUGAGAGAUUUAAAACAAACUUGGAAAACCUUCAUAUUGAAAGCACGAUUCAAGAUAUAUAUUUAAAGCAGCAUAAUGAAUAUUUUGAUCUCAUCAAACAACUCUUUGAAACGUAUAUAAAAGCCGAAGAAAAAUUGACAAGACUUCGAAUUGAAAACAUAAACCUCAAAGCUAAACUUGACGAUUAUCCCAAAUUUCAAGAUAAUUAUUUAAAAAUGCUUGAUGAAAAUAACGUGCUUAAGGGAAACCUCGCUGAAAUUUCAAAAAAAUAUAAAUGGUCCAAGGAAGAUGAGGAAAUUUUUAAUCUUUUCGUGUUUUUAUUACUGUUGGGAUUCGUUUGGCUCGUGAUCUUUGUAUAA